AUGUCCAAAACUACCACCGUCAUGCUGCCCUUCCUCUAUCCUUUCCUGAACGCAACCGCCUGCACCAAACGUACAACGAUCAAGGCAGCAGAGAGCCUCCUACGAACCAGCCGACGAUGGCAAUCUGCAUCGACACAUCGUAUACCGAUUGAACAGAAUCCCGCCGAUGAUACAGGGUCAGACCUUUCCCACCUCAAUCCUCCGCCAUCUGACUACUCGCGAUUCAUCUUCCAGGAUAAAUGCACUGCGAAAGUGGUUACCGGUUCCGGGGGCAAUGGGUGCGUAGCUUUUCUUCGAGAAAAGUACAUUGAAGAAGGUCCACCCAACGGCGGUGACGGGGGCAGCGGUGGAAGCAUAUACAUUCAAGCCAUCGACGGCUUGACAAGUCUACACAAGCUUGCGCGACAAGGUACCAUCCGAGCCGGGAACGGAAAGAAUGGUCAGGGAAAGAGUAGGGGUGGAAAACGAGGUCAUGAUGUGUUGAUACAGGUGCCGGUGGGGACUGUCGUUCGCGAAGUGUCCAGAUAUGAUCCCGUUGAAGAGGAAGAACACAAAUACAAGACCUUGAAGGGCACUUUACCCAGGGAAGAGCAGGCCAUGGGAAUGUAUGUAGCGAAUCGCGACCGUUUCGUGCUCUAUCCUGGUUCGCUACCCUCUGACUUCCUGACCACAACCUUUCCGACACUUGGUCCGCCGCGAAGGUCCAAUCUUGCUGCGCUGGAGCCCCCGGCCCCCAUCCACCUAGACUUGUCACAGCAUAUGGAGCAGCCGAAGCUUCUGGCUGCAGGCGCGGUUGGCGGAUUUGGUAAUCCUCACUUUGUGGCGCGCAAUAUGGGACGACCUAAAUUCGCAACGAAAGGCGAAGGAGGCAUGACCCUACAUCUUGAGUUUGAGCUCAAACUGUUAGCCGAUGUUGGUUUAGUGGGGUUUCCCAAUGCAGGGAAAAGCACUCUGCUCCGUUCUUUAACGAAUAGUCGUACGAGAAUCGGAAACUGGGAGUUCACCACUUUAUCUCCCAAUAUCGGUACAGUAGUCUUGGAUGACUUCAAAGGAAGACCGAAGGUCGAAUCCUCGAAUAAGAAGAGUCCUCGCACAAACUUCACGAUAGCUGAUAUCCCCGGUUUGGUUGAGGAUGCGCAUUUGGAUAGAGGCCUUGGACUGGGCUUCCUGCGACACAUUGAGCGCGCUGGCAUUCUCGGCUUUGUUGUUGAUCUCAGUUCUGCAGAUCCAGUCAAAACGCUGCAGAAACUUUGGCACGAGCUGGGCGAGUAUGAUAAAAUGCGUAACGCAGAAAUAGAGUCAGAGUCCGCCAACAGAAGAUGGACACCCACGAAUCCUCAAGACCCUCUUCCACAGCUGGUCUUGCCACCUAUCUAUAGGAAGCCAUGGUUCGUCGUCGCAACCAAAGCUGAUUUAACAGAAACCAAGGAGAACUAUGCUGCUCUUCGAGACUACCUGUCGCAGGUUCAGCAAGGGCUGGUCGAGCAUCCUAGCGGGCACAAAGACGCGUUCAAAGAGCGUCUUGCUGUGGUUCCAGUGAGUGCAAUCAAGGCAGAGGGAGUCAGUGGGAUUCCGAAUCUCGUAAUGACUUUCCUUGAAGGCCAUUGA